CCAGCUUAGUCAAGCUUUAAACUGUGUGAGCUAGAGAUAAACGCUUGCCUGGUCUACCGGAAGUGAGGGGAACCACUACAGUAGGAUAUACAAACAUGUAGGGGUGCUCCGCACUGCUCCUCAGAACUGGGUAGUUUUCCCACUAAUUACCGGACGUUUGACCACUCAGUUACCUUAAGACCAACACAAAACAAACAACGUAAAACACACAAGGGGAAAUGAUGAUAAGAAGACUUUGCUAAUUGAUUGUGUGCUCCGACAGAUUAAGCAGACUAAGGUCAUCGCCGAGGUCCGAGGUCCGUCAAGAUGCCGGUGGUCAAAAUCAAAGACGACAUCGGGAAGACGAUGACUUUGCGGGAGAUAGACGGGUGUUACUUACCUGUGAUCCGGGUACCACACGACCAGGAAGAGGAGUUCCGGGGCAGGUCCGAUUGGUCCGCUCGGCCAGAUGACAUACUCAUAUGUGCCUAUCCAAAAUCAGGAACCCACUGGCUUUGGGAGAUAGCUUGUAUGUUACUUAACGGAAACGCCGAAAGAAUCCAUCUAAUGAAGGAAAUGUCCAUGGUAGAGUGCCUUUCCCGGUCCGGCCUAGACUCCAUGACGUCACCGAGAGUGCUAAACACUCACCUGUAUUACGGACAGAUACCAGAGGACUUCAAACGGAAACAGUGUAAGAUGAUAUACAUACUGCGGAACCCGAGGGACGUAGCCGUGUCCUUCUUUAACCACCAUACUCGUCUGCUGGACUACGAGUACGAUGGCAACUGGCAGCAAUAUCUCCCCCGGUUCAUAGAGGGCAAAGUUGACUACGGAUCGUGGUUUGACUACGUAGUGGACUGGGAAACUACAAUGAAUAAGAACCAACAGAACCCAGCACACGUGGUCACGUACGAAGACCUCCAGAAGGACUGUGUGAAGGAGGUGAGCAGACUAGCGACGUUCCUGAAGACUGAGGGAACUGCAACGUUGUAUGCGGACAUCGCCGAACAGUGUAACUUCAAGAAGAUGAAGAAGGAAAAGGACCCUUUAGAGGAUACGACAGAGUGGAAAGACCAUAAACCGGGAAUGUACAGGAAAGGGGUCGUUGGAGACUGGAAAAACUGGUUCACGGUGGCCCAGAGUGACAUGUUUGAUACAGUGUACAAGGAAAAACUAAACAACGUAACACUCCCUGUGCCUUAUACAUAGCUUACACCCGACCACAUAAAGAGUCCUAAAUACUGCAGCGCCAACAACUACUUGCAGCCCACGCACUUCGAGAGAAGUAUUCAGAUAUCGAAUGAGGAAAGUGCAUUUUAAACUAUUUUUCUCUGUUUUCAUGAAUGAAAAUAUAGUUUCCAAGUAGUUUUUUAAAGAUAUGUUUUAAAAUGUGAAAAGGUUUUAUAUUUGCAAGUAAUGUUUGUAAUGAUUGUUUUUAUCCAACAAACAAAAACAGUUAAAUUACAAAAUGCAUAAAUUCUAUUUAGAAAGAAGGAUGAGCGGAAAGAAUAAAGGUAUAAUAGCUGACUAUUGUGAAUUUCAAUUUGGCUUGUCCAUAUGAUAUUCAAGUGUGAUGGAAAUACUUCUAAAGGUUCAAAAAGAUUGUGUGCAUACAGACAAAAACUGCAAGAUUUAUCCAUUGUGUUGUUUUACUACAGUUUUACGGAGACUCAGCUAAGUCUGAAGUCUUCCUUUCGUAUUUUACGUUAUUCAUACGUGUUCAAAACGGAAUAUUUGAUCACGAAUCAUGCAUUUGUGUGUAUAUUUGCCUAAAUAUGAUAAUAAAUUCACACGGUUCUAGCAUUAGAUAUUA